AUGGUUAUUAACUCUGUAUUUUAUACGACGCAACAGGCCAGUGAGAGCCCGUACAAUUAUGUCCCUACCGACUUGACAUCUUCAGUCGUCCAUAUGGGCCAAGCGCUUAAAUACAAACUCUGGUGGAUGAUUCCCACAGUUACCUUUGCGGGUAUCAUGGAAAUAUUCGGAUGGAGUGCCAGGUUAUGGUCGAGCCGGAACCCCGAGCUUUUGAUGCCUUAUGAGAUGCAGCUUGUCGGCACUGUCCUAGCACCCACUCCACUAAUUGCAGCCAACUUUGUCAUCCUUGGUAGAAUAAUCAAUCGAUUUGGACCCCAGUUCAGCCGCCUGGUCCCAAAUAUGUAUAUCAUGGUUUUUUGCUCAUUUGAUGUUAUUUGCUUGGUCGUACAAGCUGUUGGAGGCGCGUUGGCUGCGCAAGCCGUUAAUGAGAACAAAGUCCCCACAUUGGGCGGGAACAUUAUGCUAGGAGGGAUUGCUGCUCAGCUAUUUGCUAUAGUGGUCUACAUGGGUUUGGCGGCCGAGUUUUUCUUGCGCCAGAAAUACAAUGCACCCUUCCGCCACCAGGUCAUUAAAUUCGAGCAAGGUCAACAUUCUUUGAGUAAGAAAGUGCAAAGAAUGAUUUAUGGGAUGAGCUUCUGUACCAUCUGCCUUUUUAUUCGAUCUGUGUACCGCACAGUGGAGCUCGCCGAUGGGUGGUCAGGGUCAGUGAUUGCGACCGAGUCCUACUUUAACUGGCUCGAUGGGAGUUUUGUCACCGCUGCCAUCUAUACUCUGAACGUUGUCCACCCAGGUAUAUAUUUGAAGCAGGAUGCUACUAUUCAUACUUCACAGCCAAACGGGGACGAAUUCAUUCAGACUUAUACGUUUUGAUUGUCCUUGCGACAUAACUAGUUUCACUUGUUGUUAAGUAUUAGUAGAAUACUUAGAUGUAGUGUACCAUUUGUCUCCUGCUUUGCAGAUCUGUCUCUGCA